AUGGAUAUCUCUGGGAGAUUGAUUGAUGACUCCAUAAUCAAUGCUAUAUCAUCGCUUAUGAUUAAUGGUCUCAUGAAAAAGGCUAAAAAUGAGGUUAUUGGGUCUUUUAGGGGUCGGAAGGCCCUUGGCCCAUCGGGGGCCUACCGGAUCGGCCUCCUAGGCGGGCUAACCUCUUCUCACUACCUUGGGUCGG